AUCAAAAAAAUAUUUUGGUUUGGUUUGAGAGGUUUAGAUCCUCAAUAAUAAUAAAAAUGUUAAAUUACAUUACUCAAACCUUACGUGCGAUAUUUUAUGGUACGGCUUUAUUCAGUUUUGCUAUUAGUAUUAAUAUCGUUCAGAUAUGUUCUAUGUUAUUGAUACCGUAUUCAAGAAGACUAGUAUGGGACAUUAAUUCUAGAGGGGCUGCUCAAAGCAUGUGGUGGGUCAUGCAGUAUAUAUUUGAAAAAAAACAUAAAGGAAAUAUUACAUUUUCAGGUGAUAAAGUUCCACCAGACGAAAGUGCUGUAGUAAUUAGUAAUCAUAGAAGUUUUACAGAUUUUUACAUGUUGCACUCAGUUGCUAUUCGUAGGAACAUGUUACCUCACGUUAAAUAUUUUUCCAAAGAUUCUUUAAAAUAUAUUCCUUUCUUUGGAUUUGGUAUGUGGCUUAUGGGUAUGAUUUUCAUUAAAAGAAAUUGGACUCAAGAUGAAGGACAGUUAAGGAAAAUAUUUAAAACAAUUAAAAGAUAUGCUGCACCUAUUUGGGUAGUUAAUUUCGUCGAAGGAACUAGAUUGACUCAAAAGAAAUUACAAGAGAGUCAAGCAUUUGCUAGAGAACGUGGAUUACCUAUUUUACAAAAUCUUUUGUUACCAAGAACAAAAGGUUUCGUUGCAUGUAUACGCCAAUUAAGAAAUACUCAUGUGAAAUACGUAUAUGAUUUUACUAUCGCAUAUCGACAUAUUAAAAAAGGAUUGCAAUGUCCACCAAAUUUAUUACAAAUUCAUUCACUUCCGAUUAUCACACCUCCGUGGUAUUUUCAUGUACAUGUAAGAAAGUAUUCUAUUGAAGAUUUACCUAGUGAUGAAGAAAAACUAGCUGAAUGGGUUAAACAAGUUUUUGUUGAAAAAGAUACUAUUUUAGAAGACAUGAAAAUAAAAUGGACUAAAUGUGAAAAAUUAGGUGAAAUUCGUACUGAAAAAUAUUUUUAAAUAACUUUCUUUUUUUAAGGGAAAAAAAAGUUUGUUAUUAUGAAACAAUAGAGUGAAGAUGCGUAUGAAUAUAAUUUUUUUUUUUUUUAGAAAUGCUAAAACUAAACUAAUAAU